CUCGAGCUGCUAUCGAUCCGCACAUUAUAAACAAGGUUCUAAGCAUCAUACAGGAUAACUCGGUAAAGCUUGACCAGCUUUCAAAGCAUUGCGCAAAGCUGGAGUAUUUAAUUAAGGAGCAACAAACGCAGCUUGGAGAGCAAAUUAGUGAUGAACAAAUAAAGGAGCAGCUUAAAGCAUUGUUGGAAAAUAAUAAAGAAUGUUUAGAAAAACUACAAAAAAUAAAAGACAAAGGAGUGUCAUUUAACAAAUUUUGGAGUGAAAACCUUUAUUCUGAAGUACUUACUAUCUUUGCAAUAUGGCUUAAAAAAGGGUAUUAUAUUCGACGUGUGAAAGAAGGUUUAUGGAGCACCUUUGGUGUUAAUCGAAUAAAACUGUUUAGCAAAAAAGACUCAAAAGCACAAAUGUUAAAAUGGAAAAAAAAUUCUAAAAAGGCGUACAGUGACUUAUACAACCCUUGUGAUCCAGAUAAUCUGAAUUCUAAAACAUUUCUGUCUUUAAUUAUUAAGUAUGUUUUUGUUUCCAAUGAUGAACGUACACAAGCUAAUGUGGUUUGGACACAAGCUGUUUUAGAAACUGUAUUCGAUGAGAAAUAUCUUUCUCCAAAAAUUGAUGCAGAUUAUGUCAAUACAUGA